GGAAAGGAUAGCAGCCAAACUGUCAGUGUGAUAUUGAGAGGUUCUAAGCAGAGCAGACUGGGCUAACAUAACCUGGAAGUCUACAAUCAGGAUUAUUUGUAUUACAUCUUUCAUUCUGAUAGUAUCAUUAGAGGCCAAAUUAAAUUAAGCCCCUUAGGAAUUACUCACUCUUCUCUCUGAAUGUAGGUGUACUCUUUACACUGUAGGUGUAAAGUCUGUGUGUCUCUAAAACAUCACAGUAGUUGGAGGGGAAGGAGGAAGUUAGUAAUGGUUUUGACACCACUGUAUUUUAGGGUGUGUGGCUGAAAGGAUUAACUAUGCUUCUCAGGUGACUGAAGCUUGCACCCACACUAUUUCAUCACUCUACCAACAGCUCAUGCCAUUUAUUGAAAUGAAUUAUUGAACAUAUAUUAUGAUAGUUCUUAAUGAACUACUGACAAAGUCAUCCAAGUCCUACCUACAGCACUACCUGUUUGCUGCGAGGGCUUCUUAAAGGACUUCUUAAACAUUUGGACCAUUUGGUGAAACAAGUUGCUUUUUUGUUUGACUUGGAAUAAACAGUUUUUCUCUGUGUAGCAGAGAGAAGACUUGGUCAGGUGCUGAGAAGUAUGACGCUGAUUAUGUGGGUCAAGAUGAUUAGAUUUAUUGAUAAUACAGUAUCUCAGUAUUGCCAAUGCAGUAUAUAACAUACUGAGGUCUAAAGGGUUAUAAUAUAUAUAUAUAAAAGCAGGUUCAGCUAGCAAUGUUUACAGUCUUUGGCCUUGCAGAAUGCACAACUCAAAGCACCUGUGGAAUUACUUCAGGGUUUUAUCUUUGUGUGUGACUGAAUCUUGGCAUUUUUACUCACCCAUCCAAAAGCGAAUGUUCCAGUCCUCACUGUGGUGUAUUCUGCUGGCCUCCCUUCCAGGGAGGGGGGAGUCUACCUGGAAGCUGCCCACAAUCUCAGGAGACCAGUUUUCCCAGUCUCCAGCAGCAUUUCUACCCUUUUGCAGGCUGUGCACCAAAAUAAAUCACGAUCAGCAUCGUUCCCCCAUCAAGGAAUGCAGAAGCUGUGUGAGCAUCCAGACAGUUAUUCCCUGAAUUCCCACCAGGUGCUCUCAGGAUAAGGUUACACCUAGGGAUGCUUGUUCUUUACUAGACUCAUUGGCCAAAAGCAUACCUGGAGAUUUAAGUUUCACAGGCUUUUUCCUUUUCAGCAUUCUUGCAGUGGAAGAAAAGUUCACAGGCAGUGACGUUGUGAUCAUCCCUGACAAACCUGCAGCACUGUAAAUGCACUGAUGCUUAGUGGUGGAAUGUUUACAGUUCCUUAAAGCUGGGUGAACUCUGUACUGUAAACCAAUAACAGGAGUUUUAACAGAAGUAUUUAGUGUUCCUUACCUGUUAAAAUUUUGAUUUUUUGGCUAUGCCCAUAAUUUGAUCCGAUUUAAUAGAUACCAAAUGCUGCUGAAUAUUAAAUUGUAUCAAUAUUUAGUAGUCUCCAUCACUUAGAAUGCUAAUAAUUUCAUUGCUUGGCUCAGCAGUGCUGGAAGUAUACAGACAGCACUUCUUGUAAUAAUGGUAUUUAAUAAAAUUCUGAUGAACCAAUUACAAUCAAAGAUGAAUGUUUCUAUAGACGGAAUUUGUAAGAGUAGUCAUAAAGAGAAUAUAUAACUUGCAGAGAUUUUAAUUUAAUAUUUACUGUCUCAAGAUUAAUCACCAUGUUGUGUGCUUCUUUAUUUGAAUAUUUUAUGGACUGAGGGACUCAGCUUUGUUGUUCUAUCACAGUGCUAUGAAUGCAGGAGGAAAAUUUAAUAUUUUCUAAACUCAGUGUUUCAAACAGUAACUGAAAAAAAGAAAAUUACAUUUGUGUCAUUCUGCAAAAAUACCUGCAGUUAACAUUGACAUUGAAAAUUAACCAAGUGCUCCCUCACAGAGAAGACAGAGGUAGGGAACCUGGAAGAUGUAUUGACAGAAGUGUUCACCCCAGAAAGAAAAAGAAUUGAAGUGUUAUGGAAAUAGUUUCAUAAAAACACAGUCAUUUUAUACUUCUGAUGUUUCACUUUAUACCAUUUUGAACUUUUUUUUAUCUCGCUCAUCAAAAUACUUUUGAUGCCAAGGAAUUAAUUAGUUUCUUAAUAUCAGUUUAUCCACCUAAAAUCCAAAUAUAGCAUUUUAUUUCAAAAAGUUGACAACACAACUAAAAAUUUGUUUGCAUUGCAUUUUCUGUGUCUCACUUUUGUGUUAGAGCAUCACACCAGUUUCCAUUGUGAGUUAGCUGUUAGUAAACAACAUCAGUUUUUAACAGUUUUUAAAUACAGUAUUGGUCUGGAUAUUUGUUUCAUUAUACUGCACCCUACAGUUAAUGUUAAUACUUCUUGGUUUACAAAAAUCACUAGAUAUGUGUGUUUUACUUAUAUAAUACAUAUGUACAUACAUAUGUAUAAAAUAUAAAUAAUUACUAAAUUGUGGACAUCAUCACAUAGGUCAAGAUUAGCUUUGAGGUUUCUAAUGUAAUGGGAACUGCUAGCUACCACUAACAGAAACAUCUUUCCAACGCACCAAAUGUUUAUCCUUGUACUUGUUUUCCAAAAUUACAAUGGCUAAGUAGCUGCUUUAUAUCUCAAAAAUAGUUUAGAAAGGUUUAGAUUUUACCUUAUGCACUCUUGGGUUACUCACCCAUUACUUACAUAGUUCAGCUGAGUAUUUUGUAUUGAUUGUAGGGUUCAGAUUCAUAAUUUCUUUCUUUAGUCAUGAUUGUUUUUCAAUUGCUUUAGCAGUUGAUUGGGACCCAUCACUUGCAAUUCUAAGCCCAGCUGAGCUCCCCUCUUUCCAGAACUGAUGAUCCUCAGUGCAUAAUUAUAUGCUUGGCAUAGCAGAUGUGUCUCCCAGUCAUACCCAUCCAAUUACAUGGACCAAAUGAAGCCAAACAAAUACAGCGUCAUUUAUUCUACACCAAGUAUGUUGCACAAUAAAUUCUACUCCAGCCCUGAAGGACUAUCAAAUGGAAUCCAGAUGGAGCCAGUAGACCUUACGGUAAAUAAACGGAGCUCGCCGCCUUCAACUGGAAGUUCUCCUUCCCCACUAAAAUUUCAGACUGUGCAUAGGAGAAGUUCACCUGGAUUGACUCUGUCCUCACCCAGCUCACCUCUCAGUAAAUUCACACCGUCACCCCCCGGAGUCCAGCCUCUUUCCAUGCCAAUAACAAUCCCGCCUGUCAUGGCCGCUGCUCUUUCACGCCAUGGACUGAGAAGCCCUGGGAUACUCCCGGUUAUACAGCCUGUUGUGGUCCAGCCAGUUCCUUUCAUGUAUGCUCCCCAUCUCCAGCAGCCCAUCAUGGUGUCCACAGUUCUCGCAGAUGAGAUGGAAACUCCAAGUAGCAUGCAAGUGCCUGUCAUUGAGUCUUAUGAGAAGCCCACACUGAAGAAAACAAUCAAAGUAGAGCCAGGAAGUGAACCAUCAAAGACUGACUUCUAUCCUGAACAAAUGUCACCUCCAAUGAUGACCUCGUUGUCUCCUCAGCAAGUAAUGUUGCAAGAGAAUCACCCUUCAGUUAUAGUUCAGCCAGGAAAGAGACCUUUACCUGUGGAAUCUCCAGACACACAACGAAAACGCAGAAUACAUCGAUGUGAUUAUGAAGGCUGCAACAAAGUCUACACUAAAAGCUCCCACCUGAAAGCUCACCGAAGAACCCACACAGGAGAAAAACCGUACAAAUGCACUUGGGAGGGAUGCACGUGGAAGUUUGCUCGUUCUGAUGAACUGACGCGGCAUUUCCGCAAGCACACGGGAAUCAAACCCUUCCAGUGUCCAGACUGUGACCGCAGCUUUUCACGCUCGGACCAUCUUGCUCUUCACAGGAAACGCCACAUGCUAGUCUGAAUGUCUUCUGUCCCUGACUCCUGCCACACUUUAUUGUUUUUUACACAUGCAUUUUAAUUUGGAUUCAGCUGGUCUGGAUCUCUGAGUUUAUACCAUUAAAAGCUUACAUAUGGUCAGUAACAGAUGUUAUCUAACCCUUCUAUGUCCUUGCCACGGGUCAGACCUAAAGAAUGUGAACACUUCUUUUUUUUCUUCUGGGGAUGCUAAGCAAACCCUUUCUGCAUUCAGUAUGUUUAUUGUAUUUCAUUUGUGAAUAAGGGAAUUUUUAAACUAACAGCUUUUGUUGGUUUUUUCAUAUAAUCAACCCAGCAUAUACUGAUAAAAUAGUAAAUGUUACCGAAUAUCCAAAAUGCUAGUCCUUGCCAGAGACUAUUAUUUAUAUGCCCUGUAAGGGAUACACUCUCAUUUUAUGCUCAACAAUGCAAUGAAUGGACUCUCCCAGCUGUGUUGAUUUCUGCAGUGUGGAUCAUACAACAGUUUUAGAAAGACACCUGAUUUAGAAAUCCCCUCUGCCCAAACAGUGAGUAAUACUGAGGAAAUAAAUCUAAACAGUGUAAUUACUUUACAGAAAGAUUGAGUCAUAGUAUCAUUUACCCCAGUCAAGAAGAAAAAUGGGCAGGAAUUGGUCCAUACAUAAUACUGUCCAUCUAAGCCGAUGUCAUCUGUCAUCUGUAUUAUAGUGUAGUAUACAUCCUUGUUUUUGUUGCAUAAUGCCCCAGUGGAUUUGUUAAAGGAAGACUUUGUGUGACUCUGUAUGUCUGGUUUCUGUGCAAGUGUAUGGAUGGAACGGCUUGAAGCUGAAUCAGGGGUUUACCAUCAGGAAGUUCUUCCCCAGAGUGUGGUUGGGCACUGGAACAGGCUUCCCAGGGAAGUGGUCACAGCACCAAGCCUGUCUGAGUUAAGUGUCUGGACAAUGCUCUCGGGCACAUGGUGUGACUUUUGGGGUGUCCUGUACAGGGCCAGGAGUUGAACUCGAUGAUCUUGAUGGGUCCCUUCCAACUCAGCAUAUUCCAUGAUUCUGUGAUUCUAUGGUACUCUCCUGUGAUUUAGCAUUAAAUGACUCGUAGAAACCUACUGCACCUCAUUUCAGGGAUAUGGAUUAUCCCCCUGCAAUCAUGCCCCUGCAUUUCAUCUAAAUUUUUUCUCUUUGCUGUACUUCAGAAAAUAGCAAUCAUUAAGUCAAAAAUGCUCUGAACUGUAUUGUUGUGAGUACCACUCACAACAGUAUACACUACAGUAUUUUAAAUUAUUGAUCCACAAUAUUUUUAUGAGAAGAUGGCAUCAGAUAUGAAGUACUUCUGAUAAAAAUUGAGUCAUGUAUCUGUUUUGGAUAAAAGCAUAUACCAAAUCAUCCAGUUCCUAACUCUGGUUUGUGGCUCUGGUAGUCUCUCGAUGGUAGGUACAGCUGCUUCCCUGUGGACGUGUCUAUUGCAUUAAAACCAUGCCCAUUAGCAAACAGAGCUCUGUAGCUGAAAGAAACUGAAUUCAAGCAACCUGCAGUUUCCCCUAGAAAUGUUCCUGUCUGGGAGCCCCCCUGCAAGGAAGGUUUCUGUCAGUAUUGGCUGGCAGACUUUGUGGCACUACAAGGAAGCAGGAUGUAUUCUCCACACUCACACACAAGUCCAUUUCCCUUCAGUGCCCUAUGUAAGGUAACCACCAUUCCCUGUGUGUUAAACAUACUGAAGUCGGCUUUUCCUUUCUUAUGGAAAAACCCAGUGAACAAUGGAGGUGUGAGGGGAGGAAGAGUUUCAUAGAACUCUGCAGGAGACAGGUGGAGUGUCCAUCUGCAGGUGGGUAUAUUUGAGCUUGUGGAGCAGGUAGCCUGUGCUUCUAUAACCAACAGAGCCCAGUGCCAAACAAUCUUGGAGAUACAAGAGUGUGAGUGCAAAGAGCCUUUAUUUGGUGAUGGGACUUUACCAGCUGAUUUGCUGACAUCCACAUGCCUGUGGAAUUAGAGAAGAAUGGUCUGUAUUUCCUGUAGAAAGAUGCUCUGACAGCAAUUGCUCUGUUCCAGCUCCAUACAUCCUCACCACCUCGGUAGGGCUGCAUCUUGGGUCUUGUAACUCUCCCUCAUCUGCUCACCUGUGGUGCUGAAACACCUGGCACAGGAAUCCUCCUUUUUACUUUCUUGGUAGGCCAGAUUGUUAGGGACAUGGAGAAACUUGUAGGAAAGAGACUGAUAUUAAUGAGCAGCUGUUCCAGAAUGUGGACUUUAUAUUUUAUAUUUUUGGUCAGUGGUAGCAGAAUUUGCUUUAGGAUUUAAUGGCAAUUUUGUAAAUCCAGGUGUGUCACUGGUUGAGAGGCUGUGUGGAGGGAGCCCUGUGGCAUCAGUCACAACACAUUUAAUACCCUGGGAUGAAAACAAUUCUCUGUUCUGUUGAUGAGGAGGGAAACAGAUACUAUAAAAUAAGCACCUUAAUGGCAACUGGUCCCAUUUUUACCUUAAAAAUGCAAAUUUAUAAAAUUCAGGGGGUUUAGGGAACAUUUCUUUCUAAUGCUCUGUUUCUUUUGAGGCUUCCAUAAAAUGUUUCCAUUAGUAUGUUUUUUAAUAUUUUUUAAAUCAGAACUUCUUUGUAACUAAGAGUUACUUGAGAUAAUUUAGUCUAGAUUAUUUGUGAUGUUAAUUCAUUAGCUUAUGUACCUUUUUCCUGAAAGUAUUUAUGCUAAUGAUGGGGUCCAAUACAGUGGAGAUUGAGCAGAACUUUCAAAUUUCAUCCAUGUGUCUUGUGAAUUAGGACAACAGAAAUUUAAAUAUUAAAUAUAAGUAUUUGAGAUUAUUGCACGAUAAUGCCUUCCUUAUAGGAUUUUUCAGUUGUGUCUGUGGUGUCUUUGUGGGAUGACUAAAAGGUCACAAACAAAUACACUUCUAUCUGAGUGUGAAUUUACAUCUUAACCAGCUCAUUGGUUCAUUUUAGCAAACUUUGACUUGAUCGCAAUUUUAAAAUAUAUUCAAUUAAAUACUUUGCAAAGCCAGUCAUUCCAUCUAUGUCCUAAAGAAAAGCCAGUUUAGAUAGAAAAUCCUAAUUCUGGAGAAUGAGUACAUUUAAACACCCCCCACACACACACACCUUUCUCUGUAACAGUAUUGCUCUGGGCAGUGUGUAACAGGUAAUACUGUUUUACUAAAAUGUGCCUGUUUAAGCUAUUUGAUUAUAAUAAAUUACUAGUUUUUAAUUUUGUGGGAUUUAUUUAAAUAUAGACGUGGCAUUCUGCAGUGAUACUUCUAAUGCCGCAUCUUGUUCAAAUAUAUUGUCUCUGCCAAGGUUUAGCAACAUGAUAAAUACAAAUCCUUCCUAAAAUAAUUUACAAAGCAUUUUGCAUCUCUUAAGAGGGCUAGACCGUUUUUCAUUAUAUUUUACAGAUAUUAGCAUUUAAUGUACUUUAGAGGGUCAAAAUAAUCUUUUUGCUUAGCAUCUCUCACCUGCAAAUAUAGCAAGGAUUUUUAUUUACUUUGAUACGUCUAUAAACUAUGCAGAAUUUUUAAAAUAAAAUGUAAUAUAUUUUAUAAGCUAAUAAGACAAAAUGGCUAAUUAAAGGUUUCUAGCGUGCAUUACUAUAACUUGCAAAUAUGGAGACAUUUUGGUAAUCUUUUCUUACUAAAGAUGUGAAUGUUUAAUGUACUUUCACUGUUUCUACUUUGGUAGUCCAAUGGGAAUUCAGUAAUGACAUUUUGUCAUGUCAAACUGUGAACAUAAAUUUGUACUGUACAGUCCUCAUACUAUAUUUAGUAUAUGUAGUAUAUUUAGUAUAUUUAGUAUACAAUGCAUAUGUAUUAUACUUGUUAAUAAAACACUCAGAAUGUU